AACUGAAUUGUGCUAUUAGUUCGAAGAAUUGUUCCAAAAGAUUAAGAUGUAUCUCAUUUGUCUUAAUUCCUUAUUCUCCCUAAUUUCAAAUAGUCCAGACGUGUUUUACAGACCUUUUGGUUAAUUUGUUUCAACAGUACACUGGACCAUGACAACUUUUUAUGUAAUGUGAUUCAUCCUCUACAGACUGGUAGGCAUAUUUAAUUAUGACGGUCUACUUCUGAAAAUCAAUAUAUCAAUCCAAGAACAGUAUAUAAAGAUAAUAAAAUGUGCACCGCAUCCGUUUACGCCUUCAGACUCCAUUGAGGGCUGAUAGGACAAAUAUCGGAAUGUGUAGUGCGCAGACUCCAGAGGGCGGCGGUGAUUGGUCAAAGGGACACACACUGCUGUGGAAGUUGAUUGUGUUCAACAGUUAGACAAGUGACGUGGAGUACUAUGACGAGCGAACAUCUGCGACAUACUUCACAAACUAUCAGACGAGUCGUGCCUACAUGGUUGAAUAUGUUAUAUGUAUCUUAAUACCGGUUGAGUAAAUAUUUCAUAUUCAACAUAGACGAAACAAGUUUUUGGUCCAGGAGUUAAAGACAUAGAGCUCACCGGCGCCGGCUAAGUUAGCCUGUUAGCUAGCAGGAGCAGCCUCCGCGGUGUCGGUUACGCAUCUCCAGUCGGCGUUAUGCAAGUCAAGGAUCAGAAUGGUUAACGCACGAACGAGGACUUGACUAAUCGCCCUUGACGUGUAACAAUUGACAGAAACCGCAUGAGUCAGCCUGCUACCAUUAGCCCGCGAGCUCCCCGUUAGCUCGGAGGUGAAACACCCGAGCUGUCAACAUGAGCUCUCUGCUCCGCGGGGAGGAGAUGUGCCUGGCCCAACUGUUCCUACAGUCCGGAUCAGCCUACGACUGCAUCAGUGAACUCGGAGAACUGGGGCUCGUGGAGUUCAGAGAUCUCAAUCCCAGUGUUAACUCAUUCCAGCGGAAACAUGUCAAUGAGAUUAAAAAAUGUGAAGUGAUGGAGAGGAUCCUUGGAUACCUUCUGAGGGAAGUCAAGAGAGCCGACAUUUCACUGCCAGAUGGAGACGUGAACCCAUUGGCUCCUUUACCAAAGCAUGUCAUGGUUAUAAUGGAGCAGUUGCAGAGGCUAGAAGUAGAGCUAGGAGAGGUCACCAGGAACAAAGAGAAGCUGCAGAGGAAUCUGCUGGAGCUGACCGAGUACACACACAUGCUGCGCAUCAGCCGCAACUUUGUACAGAAAACAUCGGAGCAAGAGCCCCUUCAAGUGCAGUAUGAGGAAUUGCCCUUUCUUGAAAAAGACACAACGAUGGACUACAGCAGCAUGCAGAGGCUUGGAGCCAGACUUGGUUUCAUUUCUGGGCUUAUUAAGAGGACAAAAAUUGAGGCCUUUGAGCGAAUGCUUUGGAGAGUAUGUAAAGGCUUCACCAUCCUCAGCUUUGCUGAACUCGAGGAGUAUUUGGAAGAUCCUGAUACGGGUGAGCCGACCAAAAGUGUGGUGUUCCUGAUCUCUUACUGGGGAGACCAAAUUGGUCAGAAAGUCAAGAAGAUCUGUGACUGCUACCACUGUCACUUGUACCCCUAUCCCAGUAGCAAUGAGGAGAGGAACGAUGUUGUGGAGGGACUAAGAACUCGCAUUCAGGACCUGCACACAGUACUUCAUCGGACAGAGGAUUACCUGAAGCAGGUCUUGAUGAAGGCCUCAGAAUCUGUCUACACCUGGGUCGUCCAGGUCAAGAAGAUGAAGGCCAUCUACUAUAUAUUGAAUCUGUGUAGUUUUGAUGUUACCAACAAGUGUCUGAUCGCGGAGGUGUGGUGUCCUGUCGAUGACAUCCCCAACCUGCGGAGAGCCCUAGAAGAAGGAUCGAGAAAAAGCGGCGCGACCGUUCCCUCCUUUGUCAACCGGAUCCCCACCAAUGACACUCCACCCACCCUGAUAAGAACGAACAAAUUCACCUCUGGCUUCCAGAACAUUGUGGAUGCUUAUGGAGUUUGCAAUUACAGGGAGGUUAACCCUGCUCCUUUCACAGUCAUCACUUUCCCCUUUCUGUUUGCUGUGAUGUUUGGGGAUCUGGGUCAUGGCGUGAUAAUGGCUCUGUUUGCUCUCUGGAUGGUGCUGUAUGAAAACAACCGCAAACUUAAAAACACCAGGAAUGAAAUCUGGAACACGUUCUUUGAGGGGCGUUACAUCAUCCUGAUGAUGGGCCUGUUCUCCAUCUACACUGGCCUCAUAUACAAUGACUGUUUUUCAAAGUCCCUCAACAUCUUUGGCUCCGGAUGGAAUGUGACGGCCAUGUUCAGAGCCGGGGCGUGGACGAAUGCUGAUAUCAGUGGGAACCGUUUUCUCACUCUGGAUCCAAAUGUUACGGGAGUUUUCAAAGGACCGUAUCCUCUGGGGAUUGACCCGAUUUGGAAUUUGGCAUCCAACCGCCUCACAUUUCUGAACUCCUAUAAGAUGAAGAUGUCCGUGAUAUUGGGCGUCAUACACAUGAGCUUCGGGGUCAUCCUCAGCACGUAUAAUCACUUGCACUUUAGGAAGAAGCACAACCUGUACUUGGUAUUUCUCCCCGAGCUUCUGUUCCUGCUGUGCCUGUUUGGCUACCUGGUGUUCAUGAUCGUCUACAAGUGGCUGGUCUUCACUGCUAAGGACUCCAGACACGCGCCAAGCAUCCUCAUCCACUUCAUAAACAUGUUCUUGAUGCAGGGGGAUGCAGUGCAGCCCCUAUAUCCAGGACAGACGGGCCUGCAGGUAUUUCUGGUGGUCAUUGCGCUGCUCUCCGUGCCUGUCUUACUCCUGGGGAAACCCCUCUACCUGUAUUGGCUAAGCAAUGGAAGCCACCGCCUAGGAAUGUACAGGGGAUAUGAGCGUGUACGGCGUAACAGUGAAGAGGAGCUCUGCCUGAUGAGGGCUAACGACAUUGAGGACGGCAGCAGUCACAGUGACCUCUCCUCUAGUGGGGAGGGCCAGGCGGAGCAGUUUGACUUUGCAGAUGAGUUCCUGCAUCAGGCCAUUCACACGAUAGAGUAUUGCCUGGGUUGCGUCUCCAACACGGCCUCUUACCUCAGGCUGUGGGCUCUGAGCCUGGCACAUGCCCAGCUGUCGGAGGUGCUGUGGGCCAUGGUGAUGCGAUUAGGACUACGAAUGGACACCAGACUCGGGGUUUUAUUCCUGGUGCCUGUGUUUGGCCUGUUUGCCGUUCUUACUGUUGCCAUCCUCCUGGUGAUGGAGGGUCUGUCUGCAUUCCUUCAUGCUCUCCGGCUGCACUGGGUGGAGUUUCAGAAUAAAUUCUACAGUGGGACUGGAGUGAAGUUAUGCCCCUUUUCCUUCUCUCUCUUGCCCUCCAGCUUUGAUCAAGAUGGCUUACUGUGAAGGCACUAUCUGAUCAGUGUUGGGUGUUAAACCGAGCCAAAAAGCCUGUGCUCAUAAAGACACGUCCUAGAGAAGUCAUAAGGAGAUUAUGAUUUCUCUUGUCAUCUUUUUAUAUAUUGUUAUGUUAAGAGAUUCCACAGUUGGCUUCACAAACUUGACUGGACUAAAACACACUUCCUUCUCAACAGUUUAAGCAAUGCAGACAAGAGUGUACUGUUGCCAAAUGUGGUCUUAUAGCAGAUGUAUGUAACGCAGGGUAUUUUGUACCUGGAUCAAUUUGUACUUGUGCAGGUUGAAAUGUGAGGUUCCAAGUUAAAAUGUCCCCCAGCUCCCGAAAACCUUACAUGUUCUACUGAGGCAUUAUCGAUGAUCGUUGUUGAUGUCGAUUGUAUUGAAAACCACAUCCGCCAAACUCAAAAUAAUGAAGUCAAAGAAACAUGAUUUUAAUAUGAGAUACGUUAAUGGGCGUCCCUAAGAUUUGACGACUUGGCCAUUAUUUACACAAGGAUAAAUAUAUUGCUGGGUUUAGUCUUCUCACAGGAUUUGCGUAUUAAACAUCCACCUUUUCCUUUUUAAGAAAAAACUAAUCGUAUUUCCUGGCAGAUGUGGUUUUCAUAUGGGUGGUGGGUCACCUUUCAGUUAUAUAGCUCUUUCUCAACUUUGUGCCUUACAGAAGUUCAACCAAAUGACAAUGUAGCGUGUGGUUUUUCAGUUUCCCUCUGUAACCAAAACAGUGCAGAGGUUCUAGUAUUGAAUAGUGCUCGGGCAGGUUUGUGAUGAGAUGUAUAUACUUUUACAGAAUUAUUUUUUAAUUUAUUAUAUUUUUAAAUGUAUAAAAAUUAAAAAUUAAAGUUAACGGGGAUAUGAUUUUUACUUGUAUGCAUUCACACUGUUGCCGCCAUCUGUCCCUUACUGGCCAAUUUAACAUUCCACUCUUUGGUUGUCUCACCUCUGCUGGAAAGAGCCCUUAUUUUGAAAUAUUAUUUAUUUAAUACAGUGGACAGGCUGUACUAAAUCUUAUUAGGAGAACAUUGAAUGAUGUACUCAUAUCAGGAAUUAGUAGUAUUUGCUAAUUUAAUUACGAUAUUAGUAUUGUAUGGAAUUGGUAUUGGGACUUUUGCCAAGGGAAGGAUACUUAAUUGUCGUCAUUGCAAAAUUUAGAAUAUUCACUGUCAACACAAUUUACUUGUGUUAAAUCAAUUGUGGCUAAUGUUUGAUGAGCAAUUAUUUGCCUGUGUAAUAACUUGCCUGUGUAAUAACAUUAAAAUGUUGAAGGGGUAUUAUCAUUUCUA